CGGGCUCUAGCCAACAUGGUGGAGAAGAAGCCGUCGGUGCGCUCCCAAGCCCCCGGGCAGCGGCGGGUUUUGGACCGGGCCACGCGGCAGCGGCGGAUGACCCGCCAGCUCGAGGCCUUGGAGAACGACAACUUCCAAGACGACCCUCACGCCGGGCUGCUGCAGCUGCAGCUGGGGAAGCGGCUGCCCCAGUUCCACGACGACGCCGAUACUGGGAAGAAGAAGAAGAAAACCCGGGGUGACCACUUCAAGCUUCGCUUCCGGAAGAACUUCCAGGCUCUGCUGGAGGAGCAGAACCUGAGCACGGCGGAGGGCCCCAACUACGUGACGGCGUGUGCGGCCCCGUCGUCGCGGCCCCAGAGGCCGUUCUGCGCCGUGUGUGGCUUCCCCUCCCCCUACACCUGUGUGUCCUGCGGUGCCCGCUACUGCACCGUGCGCUGCCUGGGCACCCACCACGAGACCCGGUGCCUGAAGUGGACGGUCUGAGCGGAGGCGCUGGGAACUAAAACACUCUCCCUGCCCAUCCCUUUCGGAAGGGGUGAGCUCGGGGCUGCACAAGCCCCCCGCCUCCUGUCCCCCACCCCGCCGUACGUCCAAUAAAACUGGGCUCCGAGGAGCUGGAA